GGGGGGGGGAGUGAAAGGAGCGCUGACCCACGAGGGAAGGGAGGCUAGGUGAUGUAGGAGCGACGAAGGCGAGGGCGCGCCCAGCAUCUAGCGUCAAGUGUCGGGCGUCGUGUCCAGGAGCAGCAAGGUUGGCGGGGCUGGGAGAUGUUCAGGAUGACACCAGUAGCAAUUGCAGCGGCAGCGGCGUCGCAAGAGCGAGGUAGCUGCAAGGUACCGGGAGUCAGCAGUGCGGAAGCCGUCCAGGCGAAGGGUAUAAGGGAAGGAAGAUAUGGGUUUUGGCGGGCUCGUAUGCAAUGCGUGGCUGCAGCUGCAGGCAGAGAGAAGCGGAGCGUAUCCUCGGCAAAUUGUCUCGACUUGUCUCGACUGCGCGCGUUGAUCGACCGAGAUAGUCCGGACCUCAUGGGAAGGGGGGCAGGGGCCGUGCUUUCUGUUUCUCUUGUUUGGGCAAAGGGAAAGGCAUGCGAUGCGGCCUUUUCCUGUUGUUUGGUGUCUCCGUUGCGCUGGGUCAAACGGCAAAGAAGGGAGAGAGGUAAGGAGUUGUCUGGGUGCGCGCGCGCGCUUGUGUGUGUGUGUGCAAGUGCGUAUGUGGCACACUCAAGUUGCUCGGGUCUUUCUUGUUUCGAGUGACUGACAGACAGGAGGAACCGGAAUCUUUAGGGGGGUUAUUUCCUUCCUUUUGGCUUUCGCUGAAUUAGGGAUGGACUGGAUGGAGGGAGGGUCUGGCCGAAAGG